AAGAAGUAAAACAAAAGAAAGAUGAGGCAAACCCACUUCCAAAACUAGUAAAAUCAAGGGAAUAAACAAUGAGUGGAUCGACCUAAGAGCGUUAAAUAACAAACAAUUGAAACCCAAAACAUCGGGCAAAGAGAGGUCCGUAAAACAAAUUCCAAACCGCAUGUAAAUCAACACCUAAAUGCUACAUAAAUCUUGUCAAAAUAGAGCGUAAAUUAUCUCAAAAUUAGCCCAUCAAAAUGCUUCAAAACAUUGAUUAAAACAAUCCCGCAGAUGGUAGGUUUAAUGCCUCCAAAACAUUAGGCGAAGCUCCCAAAAUCAGCCCUAAAACAGUAAUUUUAAAAUUCCCAAACAGCUCUCAUGUAAGAUCAAGACAUCAAUUUUAAAUAUCCCAAAAUCAAUUAGGAAAUUCAGUCCGAAAUAGUGUGUAAACUCUCAAAAAUCGGUUAACAAAUUGUCUUUAAAAUAGUACGUAAAUCAGUUGACAAAGCCCUUAAAAAUUGCAAUGUUUAGAUCCACCAAACAGCAUGUAAAACAGCCCCCAAGGGAGGCAUCCAGAAAUGAAAGAGUAUAGACUUACAAAGAAGCAUUCAAGCCCUAGAAUAACGGUCAUAUCGAGCCUCAUUGUAUUUCCUUUCGAGGGCUUGAAACAUGAAAUUAACAAAUAAGUAUUUAAGAUCAACAAAUAAAUGGUCAUUGAGACUCCACAAUAUUGCAUUUAGGUGCUUGAAACAUAAAACCAACAGCUAAGCAUUUAAAAUCAACAAUAACGUAUGACCAAAAUAGUGUUUAUAAUUCCCCAGAAUUAGUAAGCAUCUAUGGCCAAAGCAGUAUUUUAUUCUUUCAAAAUCGCAAGUUUAUAAGGCUCGAAACAACGUCCAUGUCAUUCUAAAACUUUCAAUUCAGCAAGUAGGUCUACAAAAAUGAAGUUUAUGCGUAGAUAAUGCAUUAUCUUAUUGCAACAUAAAAUAUUUGAGUGUUAUGCAUACUCAUGUGAAAGUUCAAGGCAAUAGAUAUGUAAAAGCACAUGGAUUGAGUGGAUGUUUAUGUAAAUCUUCCUAACUUGUAGAUGCAUAUAUUGCAUAAAUAAAAUGAACAGUACAGUAGUAAAAUAAGAAUUCGUUACCCAGUUACUGCAAUUGUUAAGUUUCUGUAUUCCAAAGCUUUUCAGAAGUUCUGGAGUUCAGUGUUCCUCCUACCUCCAAUGCGGGCAAGGGAGUCGGCCGAGUGAUCCUGGUCGAGAGAAAGAGAGUCCAACGAGAUAUGGAGUCGUUCGGUCUGUUGAGAUGGCGAGUCGAGCGUUUAUCUCGAGCGAGGAAGAGGCGAGCAGGAAAUUCGGCGUGGAAGACGCAACAGAUGCUUCGGUUGGGAGAAGGAGACGAGCGACUCGGUCUGUCCGACGGAACUUGGAAUCGCGCACGCAGAGAAGAAGCGGGCAGGCGAAUGCGUCGAGCGUGGCUUGCGGCUUCGUCAAUGCGGGAGACGGGACCGAGAAGCAACGUCUGGAGGCGCGUCGAGCGGGCUGAGGCGGGGCUUGCGGCUUCGUCGAUGCGGGAGACGGGA